GGCGUGGCUACUGCUCCGCAUCUCAGCUCUGCCCAACCCCAGCAUCCCGCGCUUUGUUCCGGCCGCCGCUCUCUUCCCCUCCGGCGUCUGGAUUUGUCUUUUGCUUUCCCAUUCCCGUCUUCUGCCAGCUCCCUGAAUCUGGGCUCGCAUCCCCUUCCCCAACCGCUGCGCCCUUCCCGACCGCUGCGCCCGAGCCUGGGCUCCCCUUCCCCCAAACUUCAGGCCAGCGCCCUUGCGGGGUGGCCUUUUCCGCAUCCCGCUCCGAGCGCCUCCUUCCCCGCCGCUCCGCUCUCAGCUUCCGCUUCUCCCGGGUCGGGGUCUCCGCCGGCCCCGCCCCUGCAGGCGGGGAAUGUGCCCCGCAGCCCCGCGCCCAUGGUCCUGACGCUGCUCCUCUCCGCCCACAAGCUGUGCGGCUUCUUCACCAUGUCCGGACCGCGGGCCGGUGCCGAGAGGCUGACUGUGCCCGGGCCGGAUGGGGGCGGCGGCGCGGGUCCAUGGUGGGCUACGGGCGGCCGCGGGCCCCGGGAGGUGUCGCCCGGGGCGGGGGCCGAGGUGCAGGGCGCCCUGGAGCGUGCGCUGCCCGAGCUGCAGCAGGCGCUGUCGGCGCUGAAGCAGGCGGGCGCCGCUCGGGCCGUGGGCGCGGGCCUCGCCGAGGUCUUCCAGCUGGUGGAGGAAGCCUGGCUGCUUCCGGCCGUGGGCCGCGAGGUGGCCCAGGGUCUGUGCGACGCCAUCCGCCUGGAUGGCGGCCUCGACAUGCUGUUGCGACUGCUACAGGCGCCGGAGCUGGAGACGCGUGUGCAGGCCGCGCGCCUGCUGGAGCAGAUCCUGGUAGCAGAGAACCGGGACCGCGUGGCCCGCAUCGGACUGGGCGUGAUUCUGAACCUGGCGAAGGAGCGUGAGCCGGUGGAGCUGGCACGGAGCGUAGCAGGGAUCUUGGAGCAUAUGUUCAAGCACUCGGAGGAGACGUGCCAGCGGCUGGUGGCGGCUGGUGGCCUGGACGCUGUCCUGUAUUGGUGCCGCCGCACAGAUACCGCGCUCCUGCGCCACUGCGCGCUGGCGCUGGCCAACUGCGCUCUGCACGGGGGCCAGGCGGCACAGCGGCGCAUGGUGGAGAAGCGCGCCGCCGAGUGGCUCUUUCCGCUCGCCUUCUCCAAGGAGGACGAGCUGCUGAGGCUGCACGCCUGCCUCGCAGUGACGGUGUUGGCAACUAACAAGGAGGUGGAGCGCGAAGUGGAGCGUUCCGGCACGCUGGCGCUUGUGGAGCCGCUCGUGGCCUCGCUGGAUCCAGGCCGCUUCGCUCGCUGCCUGGUGGAUGCCAGCGACACAAGCCAAGGCCGCGGGCCUGACGAUCUGCAGCACCUCGUGCCGCUGCUCGACUCGUCACGCUUGGAGGCUCAGUGCAUCGGGGCUUUCUACCUUUGUGCGGAGGCUGCCAUCAAGAGCCUGCAGGGCAAGACCAAGGUGUUCAGCGAUAUCGGUGCCAUCCAGAGCCUGAAACGCCUCGUGUCCUACUCGACCAACGGCACCACGUCAGCAUUGGCCAAGCGCGCACUGCGUCUUCUGGGCGAGGAGGUGCCGCGGCGCAUCCAGCCCUGCGUGGCCAGCUGGAAAGAGGCGGAGGUCCAGACUUGGCUACAGCAAAUCGGCUUCUCCCAGUACUGCGAGAGCUUCCGGGAGCAGCAGGUGGAUGGAGAUCUGCUUCUGCGGCUCACGGAGGAGGAACUGCAAACCGACCUGGGGAUGAAAUCCUGCAUCACCCGCAAGAGGUUCUUUAGAGAGCUCACGGAGCUCAAGACCUUCGCUAGCUAUGCUACGUGCGACCGCAGCAACCUGGCCGACUGGCUGGGCAGCCUGGACCCUCGCUUCCGCCAGUAUACCUACGGCCUGGUCAGCUGCGGCCUGGACCGCUCCCUGCUGCACCGCGUGUCCGAGCAGCAGCUGCUGGAGGAUUGUGGCAUCCGUCUGGGUGUGCACCGCUCGCGCAUUCUCUCCGCAGCCCGAGAAAUGCUCCACUCCCCACUGCCUUGUACCAGCGGCAAGCUUGGCGGGGACACCCCAGAUGUCUUCAUCAGCUACCGAAGGAGCUCAGGCUCUCAGCUAGCCAGUCUCCUGAAGGUGCACCUGCAGCUGCACGGCUUCAGUGUCUUCAUUGAUGUGGAGAAGCUGGAAGCUGGCAAAUUCGAAGACAAGCUGAUCCAGAGUGUCAUGGGUGCUCGCAACUUCGUGCUGGUGCUCUCGGCUGGGGCACUGGACAAGUGCAUGCAGGACCACGAUUGCAAGGACUGGGUGCACAAGGAAAUUGUUACUGCUUUAAGCUGUGGCAAGAACAUUGUGCCUAUCAUUGAUGGCUUCGAGUGGCCUGAGCCCCACACUCUACCUGAGGACAUGCAGGCUGUGCUUACCUUCAAUGGCAUCAAGUGGUCCCACGAGUACCAAGAGGCCACCAUUGAGAAGAUCAUCCGCUUCCUGCAGGGUCGCUCCUCCCGGGAUUCAUCUGCAGGCUCAGACACCAGUUUGGAGGGGGCUGCACCUAUGGGCCCACCUUAACUAGUCCCCAGUUCCCAAGCCCUGCUGUGAAUCCUGUCCUCCCAAAGGUUCGCCUGGCCCCUCUGGGCUGAGACAACCUAGGCUCUUCUCAGGAAGUGGCUCUCACUGUCCCCACCCUCCUCAGUAUGGGAUCGAGGUGGCAUGGGGGUGGGGAGGCUGCCACCUCCCUCAGGUCCUGCCAUCAGGUUCCAUCUUCCACCCGCACAACUGUGUCCCUGCUGGUUGUGGAGACAGGAGGUGGGGGUGGGUUGCUGCAAGUUCUCUGUCUCCUAUCCAGAGUGUAGCUGGCUUGAGAAGGGGGAAGCCCUGCAGCCUUUGACAGGAAGGAAGUGGGCAAUGGCCAGCCCUCUUGUGCC